GUGAUAAUAUAACCCUGGCAAACAGAUGGCAAAAAUUAAAGAUACAACAUCAUAACUUUUGUAAAAGAUGGAAAGAUGAAUAUCUUAAAGAGCUCCAUAAAAGAUAUAAGUGGAAAAACCCUACCCGAGAAGUUGAAAUAGGUGAUAUUGUAGUAAUUAGACAAGACAAUUUAGCACCCAAUGAAUGGUUACUUGGACGUGUGACUAAAACAUACCCUGGUUCUGAUGGUAGAAGUAGAGUAGUUGAUUUACAAACUUCAACUGGAACUCUAACACGACCAAUCACUAAAAUUGUUGUUUUACCCGCUAAUUAGUCUAAUACUCUACUCUAAUACUAUUUACUCAAACCCUAACCCAAAAUAACAAUAUCAUCACUAACUAGCUCAACUAACCACCCUAACUAACCCAAAUUUAUUAUGAAUCGUUUAACCCUUCACCCUAACCCACUAACACAUUCAUUACACUUCAUUCAUUCACACAUAAUUUCUUUUAUACAGAAUAUGGCACCCAACAACAACAACAAUCGUAAAGGACGUUCCAACCGUUCCAGCCGCAAUGGAUCUCGGCCCAAACCCAACCGCAAAAAUGAUAAACGUCAACCAAAACGCCAUUUUGGUUGAGGUAUUUGUCAAGCCGAUCACAGCUUGACAAAUUGUCGAAAGUUCCAAAAGAUGAACUUGGCGGAGAAGUACAAAACCGCAGUUAAAUUGCACUACUGCGUCAAUUGUUUGGCGAGGAACCAUCUCAUUGGCGGUUGCAUGAGUAAGGCUCGUUGCCAACAAUGUGGUGGUAAACACCACUCCACCCUGCAUGGUCCAAAUAGGAUUUUAAAGAAUUUAACCCAGGACCAAUCCCCUCCACCAACUCCGGCACCAAGAACUCCACCCACACCAGCUCCAAGACGAUCAUUAGACAUCGUGAAAGUUACAACACCGGUAACAACGUCGAUGAUGAAAACGUUUGUUCCUACAGCAGUUGUGCAGGUAGGAAGUCUGCGGGCAAGGGCAAUACUAAAUCCUUGCUUGACUAAGUCUAGAAUAGCAGCCGUCUUUGUUAGUGAAAGUUCCCUAGCUCCCUUCAAAAUAGACAAAGAGGUGUUUGUGAAGGUGCUAAUUGCACCAAAUUAUUCCUCAAGCCUCCGAUACGAGGUUUGCAUGGAGGUGGUUAAGGAUCUGCCAAAAACCCCAUAUCCAAGCCCCAUGGACGAAACAAUUAAAAGUAAAUUGUGUCGCAUAUCGCUGGCUGACCCGGAGUUUUACUCCAACAACCCAGUCUCCAUGGAAAUUGGUGGAGACCUUUACACAAGCAUCCUACAACCAAAUGUGAUUCACAUUGACGGGGGAUCACUUAUAGCCCAGGAUUCCACCCUUGGUUGGCUGGACAUGGGAUCAUCUACCCAAUAAACACCCACACAAUAAAGUUGCAGGCCCGGGAGGAUGUUCACAUCAGUGAACAAUUGAACGUUACCAUCCCUGAAGUCCAAUAGCACCCACACCAAACUGCAGCCAACUUCAUUUUUAUACGAACGUCAGCUGCAGUUUUUGCCUUUUUACUUACUUCUAAUCAACCUGGCUUACUACCAACAAGUGUGUGCGCUACAGCGAACAAAACAACAAACCCUACAACAGCAAAUCAAAUUUUAAAGUUAAACAAAUAAAUAAUAAACUUAAAUUAUUAAAACUAAAACUAGUGGUAAAACUUAAACCAAGUAUUAAAACCCUAAACCUAUGCAAAAGUAAAAUACUAAAACAUAAAUACUAAUUAAAAACAAAUUUAUCACAGUGAUAGUACUUACCCUAAAACAAAUAAAUAAAUAAAUAAACAAAUCUUAAAACCUAAAACUAAUAUAAAAUACUUACCCUAAAAUAAAUAGAUAAAUACGUAAAUCUAACUUACCCUAAGAAUAAAUAUCGAACAGAAUUUAUAACCUAAAAAGUGUAUUAUAUACUUACCCUAUAUACUUACUUACGUUAUAUACAUAUAUUGAAGUUUAAUAAACACAUAAGUAUUAUAACGUUUUAUGAAAAUAUCCCAAGCCUUUCUUAUUUACCCUUCCUCCUAAUUCCCUCGUAAGUACCCAUCUACCCAUCUCCCUCUAACCCCUAAAAAACAGUAUCUACAAAAGUAUAGUAAGAGUGAUUGUGAACAGAUUUUUGUAGCAAGUCAUAAGUUUAUGUUCACAAAACAAUCAAAACAAACAAUGUCAAAAAAAAAAAUAAAAAAACUAAAUAA